AUGAGUCUAGAGAAACACCCAGCUCCACCUGGACUUGAGAGGCCAAUAAUCCAGUCUGGCACUGUGUCGAGGCGAGUCGACAGCUUAGGAGACCAGGGUGACCACUACUCCACAACAUAUCCUGAAGGAGGUCGCGAGGCAUGGGGCGUCGUAUUUGGAUCAUUCUGUUUGUUUAUGUCCGUGUUCGGGGUUAUCAAUACAUCCGCAGUUUUUCAGUGGUAUUUCCUUGACAAUCAACUUAAGGAAUAUUCGCCCUCCGAGGUCGGGUGGAUUUUCUCAACUUAUCUGUUUGUGGUAUACUUUGUGGGCCUCGGAGUUGGUCCCGUCUUCGAUCAACAGGGUGCGGGAGGUCUUGUUUUUGUUGGCAGCAGCUUCAUGGUUGCUAGCCCAUUCAUUCUUAGUUCCUGUACAGAGUACUACCAGAUUUUUGGCACCUUCUCCAUCCUCAUGGGCCUUGGCGGUGCAUUGCUCAACAAUCCUGCGUAUGCGGCCAUUGGCCACUUCUUCAACCGCAAACGAGGGCUCGCCACUGGCCUUGCCGCGACGGCUGGCUCAAUCGGCGGCAUAAUAUUUCCUCUCAUCCUUCGAACCACUUUGCCACGGCUGGGCUACCCUUGGAGCAUGCGCGUCCUAGGUUUCAUUCUUGUGGCCCUGGCUGUGCCGGCCAACCUCCUUGUGCGAACCCGCCUAUCGCCGGCGGAGCAUAACGCCUCACUGUGGCCUGACUUUCGACUCUUCCUUGAUCCAAGACUGGCAUGUUGUUGCGGUGGCAUUUUUUUCAUGGAGUACGGGGUGCUAAUUCCAUUGACCUAUGUGGUGUCGUACGCUGAGAACCACGGGGUUGAUCCGAGCGAGAGCUACAUCCUGCCUGCGUUGCUUAACGCCGGGAGUGUCGUGGGGAGGGCAGUCCCGGGGCUGCUCGCAGACAAGUGGGGCCGUUUCAAUAUGAUGAUCUUGACGGUAGGACUGUGUGCAGUGAGUAUCCUAGCGUUGUGGAUGCCGGCUAGGGGCUCAAAGGCGAUUCUGAUGGUGUUCACAAUCGUCCUCGGAUUUGCUAGCGGUGGUAACUUCUGCCACAUGCUCACCAAGGUCCGCGGGCCGAUCUCUGGGAUGACUGGCUCGCUCGUGGUGGUGGCUGUGGUGGCGUUGAUGGUGGUGUAG